GUGCGCGUCUAUUCGGUGGCGGCGGAGAUUUUUUGAAAUACCGCCUUUUCGCUGUCUGUUUUCUAAUAUGCCAAAAAGAAUUUUUGUUAAUUUUACCUUUAAAAAGAUUUAUAACCUGUAAAAUUGUAAAAUUUUUUUGUAAAACUGUAUGAUUAAUCAUUUACGUUUUGGUUCGGAUGGAAAGAUCAAUGAUUUUUUGUGUAUUCUGGAUAUUUUUUUGUGGAUAUCGUCCCCGGUAAUCAAUCUUGGAUACAUCAAUUCGAUUACGUCAUGACAGGCCUGCAUUUAUCGAAGGCAGCGUGAUGCCUCGGGAACCCAAUUGGGUAUAUCUGUUGGUGCGUGUAUCGGCCGUGCUGCUGUUAUUAGUCGGUCUUCGCAAGGCUGACUGCUCGACAUCCGCUCCCCGAUAUCCGGUCUGUAAACCGGGUUUCGAAUUUUGGUCGGUCGAGCGUACCACCUGUUGGCCUUGCACCAGAUGUGCUCCUGAUUUCACUUUGAGCCCCUGCGCCAUUUACAAGGAUGCUAUUUGCGGACCACUCUCCGCUCUCGAGCUCGAUUGGUCUUUUCUUUCGAGCAGGAAAAGACCGGAAACCGGGCAAAGAAGCCUCGAAGCGGUUACUUCGAAGAUGUUAUGGAGAUUUCCAGAGUUGAGAGAGGAUGAAGAACACGUUGAACGGAAAUCGAACGACUUUAUCGACGAUUCGGAGCGGCGAGAUAUUCAAUCGAGAACGAAGGACCAGGGAUCGAACGGGCCUCGUACGAGAAGCGUAGCUACUUGGAGGGAAAGAAUCCACUGGGAUUGGCAAACGAUCGCGCUGAUUCUUGCCGUUUGUGCCUGCAUAUUAUUUUUUCUGGUCGCAGGAUGCUCGGCUUUGGUCUACGCGAGGCAGUGGCGUCGGAUGAAGAAAAACUUCGAGCCCGUAGGCCUAGAAGAGAUUUCGGCUCGAUUAAAUUUAAUGGUCAAGGCGGAAUUAGCCGAGCUAGUCGCUGGUACACCCAUAAACCCUGCUGAUCCCGAAACAAGAUGCCAAUAUCUUGAGAAACUUUUGGACCGAAAGAGAGAGACACCUGUGAUGAUCGAUUGGCCAGAAGUCAGCGGAAACGUUUACAUAGAAGACGGAGAGCCUUCGAAAGGGGAGAAAUUGCAAAUCGCUAGAAUUCAUCGAAAUAUCGAAACGAUAUUAAAUCAAAAAAGAAAUUUCAGCGAUUCAUAGGAACGCAAGUGAAGGAACAUGGGUAGAGAUAGAUCUGUAAGGAGGAGGAAGAAAUCCUCGCUCCAAGUCUUGAAGCUCGAACAUGAUCGAGCGACGAUCGACUUGGCCUGUUCGAUUAUUUAUUUUUUCUUAUAAGCUUUAAAAGCUGCCAUCUUUGUAAUAUAACUGUGCGAUGUAUGUAUACCGAAAGAGGAAAUAAAAUGAUGUAAAUCGU